AACAAUAUAGCCCUACUUGCUACAAUUGCCAUAGUUUCUUCCUUCUCCUUGUCUCCUCCAAAAUUUCCUUUCUUUCACUUUGUUUUUCUAUAUAUUAAAACCAUGCCUGAAGAAGCUCCUAUGAAAAACUUGGUUUGUGAAAAAAGUAGAAAGGCUUUACAGUUUAUUGAAGAUGUUACACGUAAUGCUGAUGAGGUGCAAAGAAAGGUUCUUGCUGAAAUCCUCUCUAGGAAUGCAAAUGUUGAGUAUUUGCAGAGAUAUGGCCUGAAUGGGAACAAAGCAGACAGAGAAGCUUUCAAGAAAGUGAUGCCUGUUGUCAGUUAUGAGGAUCUGAAGCCAGAUAUUGAUCGUAUUGCUAAUGGAGAUACUUCUCAAAUCAUAUGUUCCCAACCCAUUUCAGAGUUCUUGACAAGUUCUGGUACAUCUGCUGGAGAAAGGAAACUGAUGCCAACAAUUGAGGAAGAGCUGGGAAGAAGAUCAUUGCUAUAUAGCCUAUUGAUGCCAGUGAUGAAUCAAUUUGUUCCAGGUUUGGAUAGAGGAAAAGGGAUGUACUUUUUGUUCAUAAAAUCAGAAACUAAGACUCCUGGAGGAUUAUUGGCACGUCCAGUUUUAACUAGCUAUUACAAAAGUUCAUACUUCAGAGAUAGGCCUUAUGAUCCAUACACGAACUAUACUAGCCCAAAUGAAACCAUUCUCUGCCAGGAUUCUUACCAGAGUAUGUACUCUCAAUUGCUUUGUGGCCUUUACCAAAACUAUGAUGUUCUUCGAGUCGGUGCAGUCUUUGCUUCUGGGUUCAUUAGGGCAAUUAAGUUCCUUGAAAAACAUUGGAUUUUGCUUUGCAAUGAUAUCCGGAAUGGAACAAUUGACCCCAAAAUAAGUGACCCUUCAGUAAGAGAGGCUGUUUUGAAAAUUCUCAAACCCAACCAGAAACUAGCUGAUUUUAUUGAGGCUGAAUGUACCAGAGAGUCGUGGAAAGGGAUCAUAACUAGGUUGUGGCCUAACACCAAGUAUAUUGAUGUUAUUGUCACAGGGACAAUGUCACAGUAUAUUCCUACACUUGACUAUUACUGUGAUGGCCUCCCCCUAGUUUGCACCAUGUAUGCUUCUUCUGAAUGCUACUUUGGCCUUAACCUGAAUCCUUUGUCUAAGCCAAGUGAAGUUUCUUACACCCUCAUCCCAACCAUGGCCUACUUUGAGUUCUUGCCCGUGAACAGAAAGAAUGGACUUAUAAAUUCAAUCACUGCACCGACAUCCCUUGAUCAGAAGAAAGACCAGGAAUUGGUUGAUCUUGUUGAUGUCAAACUAGGUGAAGAAUAUGAGCUUGUUGUCACCACCUAUGCAGGUCUUUAUCGGUAUCGAGUGGGGGACAUACUUCGUGUGGCUGGAUUCAAGAACAAGGCUCCUCAAUUCAACUUUGUAUGUAGAAAGAAUGUUGUUCUCAGCAUUGAUUCUGAUAAGACUGACGAAGUUGAGCUGCAAAAUGCAGUGCAGAAUGCAGCUAACCAUCUUUUACCAUUCGGUGCAUCUCUCACAGAAUAUACAAGCUAUGCUGAUACAUCAAAGAUACCUGGCCACUAUGUAUUAUUCUGGGAGAUCUGCCUUAGUGGAACAACUCCUAUUCCUCCUUCAGUUUUUGAAGACUGUUGCCUUGCUAUUGAAGAAUCACUCAACAGUGUUUAUCGCCAAGGCCGAGUCUCAGAUAAGUCCAUUGGCCCUCUAGAGAUAAGGAUAACUGAGAGGGGGGCAUUUGACAAGCUUAUGGACUUCGCUUUAAGCCAAGGUGCAUCAAUAAAUCAGUACAAGGCUCCAAGGUGUGUUAAAUACGCACCGAUUAUCGAGCUUCUCAACUCAAGGGUUGUGUCAAAUUACAUCAGUCCAAAAUGCCCGAAAUGGGUUCCUGGUCAUAAGCAAUGGUGCACUCCAAACUGAAGGAUGAGUACUUCUUUCGAACAUAUAUAUAUAUAUAGGGACUUCAGGUUUCAGUGGAAGUAGAAGGAAUAGAAUAGGAAUGUCUUGGAACCAAGAUAUGUAAUAGAAUAAUCCCAGUCUAGGGUUUCUUGUUUAAGUUAUCUAAUAUUUAUCUAAAUCGGUUGCUUGUACACA